AAACGCAAACAGCAACACAGCGGACAUUGUUCCGAUUCUGUCGCAGCACUGAAUCGGAGGCGGAGAAAAGGAGCGGAAGGCAAAAGAAGCCAGAAGGAAAGGCGGAAAAAAACUCGCCACCGAUCAUGGCGGCGUCGAAAUUGAGGACUCUUGGAGCGGUCAUGGCGGCGACGGGAAUGUCUUACACGGCGGUGACCCUCCUGUCUUCGCCGGUUUCCGCAAGUGACCGCGGGGCGACCGCUGCGUUGGAAAGCGCGCGGCGGCGGACAACCGAUCCGGCAGCCAUCGUACCUUCCAGGGAGGUCCAAGCGGCUGCGUUGAUGGGUGCUUCCGCGGCUAGCCCUCUCGACGUCCUUGUGAUCGGUGGCGGCGCCACCGGCUGCGGCGUGGCUCUCGAUGCCGUAUCACGCGGCCUGCGAGUAGGCCUCGUCGAGAGGGAGGAUUUCUCGUCGGGAACCUCAUCGCGCUCCACCAAGCUUAUUCAUGGAGGGGUAAGAUACUUAGAAAAAGCUGUCUUUAAUCUUGAUUAUGGACAGCUUAAGCUUGUUUUCCAUGCAUUGAAGGAGAGAAAACAAGUUAUUGAGAACGCUCCUCACUUAUGCCAUGCUUUGCCAUGCAUGACACCUUGUUUUGAUUGGUUUGAGACUCUGUAUUAUUGGGUUGGAUUAAAAAUGUAUGAUCUUGUUGCUGGUAGAAGAAUGUUGCAUUUGUCCAGAUACUAUUCUGCCGAUGAGUCAAUUGAGCUUUUCCCUACACUGGCCAGAAAAGGCCAUAAUAGAAGUCUCAAAGGGACAGUAGUUUAUUACGAUGGACAAAUGAAUGAUUCUCGCCUGAAUGUUGGACUAGCUUGCACUGCUGCUUUAUUGGGUGCUUCGGUAUUCAACCAUGCAGAAGUUAUAUCAUUAAUUAAGGAUGAGAACAACGAGCGGAUUAUUGGUGCCCACAUCCGAGAUAAUCUGUCAAGAAAAGAGUUUGACACUUAUGCAAAAGUAGUUGUAAAUGCUGCUGGACCAUUUUGUGACUCAAUAAGGCGCAUGGCUAACAAAGAGGCACCAAACAUGAUUUCUCCAAGUAGCGGUGUGCACAUCGUUCUUCCUGACUAUUAUUCUCCUGAAGGGAUGGGUCUAAUUGUUCCCAAGACAAAAGAUGGUCGUGUUGUAUUCAUGCUUCCUUGGUUGGGAAGAACAGUUGCAGGAACCACAGAUUCCAGCACUGUCAUUACCAUGUACCCUGAACCUCAUGAAGAUGAAAUACGAUUUAUUCUGGAUGCCAUCAGUGAUUACCUGAAUGUUCAGGUUAGGCGUACUGAUGUCCUUUCAGCUUGGAGUGGUAUCCGACCCUUAGCCAUGGACCCAUCAGCAAAGAACACUGAGAGUUUAUCUAGAGAUCAUGUCGUCCAUGAGGAUCAUCCUGGUUUAAUUACUAUCACAGGAGGAAAAUGGACAACUUAUAGAAGCAUGGCUGAAGAUGCAGUUAAUGCAGCAGUUAGAUCUGGCAAGCUGAGUCCCAGCAAUGGCUGUGUGACUGAAAAUCUCUGUAUUGUUGGAGGAGAUGGAUGGGAGCCAGCAUCGUUCACCACACUUGCUCAAUACUAUACACGCAUGAAAAAAACACAUGGCGGUAAAGUUAUUCCUGGCAUUAUGGACAGUGCAAUCUCUAAACAUUUGUCACAUGCAUACGGCACUUCAGCGGAAAGAGUGGCUCUGAUUGCUCAGAAUGAAAAUCUAGGCAAGAGGCUUGCCCAUGGGUACCCAUUCCUGGAGGCUGAGGUAGCAUACUGUGCUCGGCAUGAGUACUGCGAAUCUGCUGUCGAUUUCAUCGCCAGGCGAUCUCGGCUUGCUUUUCUCGAUACUGCUGCUGCAAGGAGAGCAAUACCCCGUGUGAUUGAGAUUUUAGCUUCUGAGCACAAGUGGGACAAGGCUAGGAAGAAGCAUGAGCUCCAAAUGGCCAAAGACUUUCUGGAAACCUUCAAGUCAUCCAAAAAUGCCCAAUUUCAUGAUGGAAAACAUACAAGUAAAUAACCAAUUUCAACUUCAACCUCUCUUCAAGACUCCAUUGGCAAGCUUUGAGUAUAUCUACUAUAGCAAUAAAAGGGCGAGCAACCUGCAGGUUUCUCUACGCCAUGACAAUUUCAGGUAAACUAACUUGACAAUAACAUGAAAGCCUAGCCCCGUUUUCUUAUUCUUUAAGGCUUGCGCUUUACAGUUAUUUUUAAACACUUCAAUUGUAAUUGUUGUCUUUAUCAUAUCCUGUUACAUAACCAGAUUAUCAUUUCCCAAAACUUAUUAUUUUUUUUCAUUUUUUUAUCUGUUCUGAGGAUUUUGUACUUCUUAGGCUUAUUCUUCUGAUCCUUGUAUUGUUAUUAACUCAUUUCAUUUAACCUCUGUUGCCUGGCAUUCCU